CGGUCGCGUCACGGAGCUCUUCGCCGCGGCCAUUGGCGGGGCGCGGGCGGCGCUGCCAUGGCGCUCUCCGGGGCGCCCCUCAGGGUGUGCAUCGUGGGCUCGGGGAACUGGGGUUCUGCGGUUGCCAAAAUAAUAGGCAAUAAUGUAAAAAAAUUGCAAAAGUUUGCUUCCACAGUGAAGAUGUGGGUCUUCGAGGAGAAUAUUAAUGGGAGAAAACUGACAGAUAUAAUAAAUAAUGAACAUGAAAAUGUAAAAUAUCUCCCUGGAUACAAGCUGCCAGAUAAUGUGGUUGCUGUCCCAAACCUUAAUGAAGCUGUAAAGGAUGCAGACUUGUUGGUUUUUGUCAUUCCUCAUCAGUUCAUUCAUAAGGUCUGCGAUGAAAUCACAGGACGAGUACCCAAGAAAGCUCUCGGUAUAACUCUGAUAAAGGGAAUAGAUGAAGGCCCAGAGGGACUGAAACUGAUCUCUGACAUCAUUCGAGAGAAGAUGGGAAUAGACAUCAGUGUGCUGAUGGGGGCAAAUAUUGCCAACGAAGUGGCAGCAGAGAAAUUCUGUGAAACCACAAUAGGCAGCAAAAUCUUGGAAAAUGGCCUUCUCUUCAAAGAACUCCUGCAGACUCCAAACUUCCGAAUAACUGUAGUAGAUGAUGCGGAUACCGUUGAGCUCUGUGGUGCUCUGAAGAAUAUAGUGGCAGUAGGAGCUGGGUUCUGUGAUGGCCUUCGUUGCGGUGACAAUACCAAAGCUGCUGUUAUUCGCCUCGGCCUAAUGGAGAUGAUUGCCUUUGCCAGAAUUUUUUGCAAAGGACAGGUAUCUACUGCCACUUUCCUGGAAAGCUGUGGAGUUGCUGACCUCAUCACGACAUGUUACGGUGGCCGGAAUCGACGUGUAGCAGAGGCAUUUGUUAAAACUGGAAAGUCUAUUGAAGAAUUGGAGCAAGAAAUGUUGAACGGUCAGAAACUGCAAGGACCACAGACAUCUGCAGAGGUGUAUCGCAUCCUCAAGCAGAAAGGAAUGCUGGACAAGUUUCCACUAUUCACUGCUGUAUAUCAAAUCUGCUAUGAAGGGAAGCCUGUCAAAGAGAUGAUAUCCUGCCUUCAAAGUCAUCCAGAGCACAUAUAAAAUCAAUCAGGCCAUCGUUCUCAUGCAGCUUUUUGCCUUUCAAAUUUGUGUUUGAGUUCAAGUGGAUGCAUCAUUAAGCUUCCUGCAAAGCUGCUCACUAGGCAACAGUAACGACAUGAAUGUCUUUGAAUGGGUAUUGGUUUUACUUUUACUGCCUAGUUUGACAUAGCAUGCAGUGUUGUUGGCUUGGUGACUCGUUUUACUGGCUAAAAUAUAGCUGUUUUUAAAAAGCUCACUGCAGAAGUUGCACUACAUGCACAGUCCGUACAGAAGUACUUUGUGUGAGUUCCUACCACGUAAAACUCAGUAUGUUGUUGUCUCUUAUUGAGGCCUAAUCCAAAAUCCACUAGUUGCUAUGGGAAGAGUCCCACUAGUUUUCAUGGAGACUGAAUCAAGCCUUUAGCCUUGAAAUGUUAGGAGACUUUCUUUUAAAACUUGAUAUUCUUUUUCUGCAUACACAUUGAGAUUUUAAUGUUUUCCGUGUUUGUAUUAAUUUAAGCAAUAUUGAUGCAUAAAGAAGUGGUAAUAGUUAUUCAGGGGGCUACAGGGACCUUCUAGGGAACUCUGGUGAUUAAUAUUAUGACUUACAGAAGUCUUUAAAACUGCCAGACAAUUUUGAAACCAAUUUAUAACUGAAUUUAAAGUUUUUAAGUACGCUAUUUUAAAGGGAAUAUGUUAGAGGGGGAUCAUUAGCUCCCCUUCUGUUUUUUAAUCCUUGCAUUUUUGUAUUUCGAUGUUUUUCCUGUGAUGUUCCCAGUUGUUUGGCUCCUCAAAAAUUCCAUUUCCCAAAACAAAUGGUUAACCUUGACCUGGGGGUUCUGUACCCUGGAGCCUAGGGUUUGUUUUAGUCUUGUGCCUGUGGUCAUUCUUCACUUUUAUGAUUUGGUGAGUAGCGAAGGAUGCUCUUGGAGUUUCCAUUGUUCAAUUUGUCAUCAUGUUUUUCUAGCUUAAACACCAGCUACAAAGUGCUGCACUGCACACAACACUCCAAGGAGUAUUCAGGGAAUUCCCUGGUAGCUCAUGCUUGAGUUUUAAAAAGGGUUGUACACCGUUAUGCUGAUGGCAUUCAUUUCAGUGCCUGCCAGUGACUGAUAUAUCAGCUGGACUGCAGUCCUGAACCAGCAUCCCUAGAGAGAUGAAUUCUGAAGUUACUCUUUCACUGGAUAAAACUUUAGUGGGUGCUGGAUUACUUCUGACCUGAAAACUUUGCAAAGACAUCUGUGUCUUUUAUUCCCUAGAUAUUUCAACUCUUUUUUUUUUUCAGGCACUUUUGCUUUAUCAGGGAGGCUAAUUUUAUUUAUUACGGGAAAAAAAAUAAUGUAAUUUCUGUGGAGUAGUUUUGGAGGUUUUCUUGAUCGUUUCAUUGCUUGUUUUUUUAGGAAGGCUGAUGCAAGAGAUGGUAGGUAAAUGCAAUCUUCUGUCUUAGUUUCCUUGUAUACUGAACUGUAAUUUUUUUGGUAAAAUAUAUGCUAGGUACAUAAAGAGUGGAUUUCACUCUUGUUGCUGGAAGAUGAAGGUUAGAAUUGAGUUUUACAGAUCUCAGCAUGAAGCCAAUCACAAGAAUGCCCAUCGCCUCUGAAUAUCCACUCCAAACCUCUGAGCAGUAUCAGAACUGAUUACCUUAUUAUCUGUCAUUGGUUGGUUUUAGACCAGAAAUUGUGAGCACACACACAUCCUGAAGCUUUAAGUUGUCAUUCAGAACUUACUAAGACAAAAGGGAUGCCUGUGAAUAAUUGACAUCCUUACUUAAGCAGCCUGGAUAACUCUGGAAUAAUUUAGACAUCUUGGUAUAGACAGAAGGAUGCUUCAGUUCAGAGGUACCAUUUUUUGUGCUCCAGUAAUAUUUAGUAAUAUUUUACAUUAAUUUCUGUAAGAUGUGAAUGUCCUCAGAUAUUCAGAGUUCUGAAAGAUUAUUUUGCCUUAUUUCUGAUUUUGUGCUAAAUAUAGUAAAGAUAGUAAGAAAUUAAGUAACAGAUAUUUGUGGUGAUUGGGAAAAUCACUGGUAGAGCAGAUGUGGAAAAAACACUCUGCUUAGACAAUUAAAAGGGUGUUUUAAGAUUGGAAGCACUGUUACACUAACGCACACACGAAGCAUACACUCCUCAUUACUGCAUAACUUUCAGUGUGUCUGCUUAUGCUUUGUGUUGUGUUUUGGUUUUUUUCUAAUGCCACGCUGGUCGACUUUGCCUUUAUAUGUAUAUAUACAUACAUAUAUAUAUAAACUUUUUUUUACUGCAGUAUGUAGAACAGUAGUAUUUUUAAGAUACAUAAAGGGCUAAAUGUGGUAAAUUAAUAUAUAUUUUAAGAUUAUUUCUUUAUUCCAGUACUACUUCCACUGAAACCCCAGCAUCUUAAUUGUUCUGGUUUUAUACGAAAGCCUUCUCAAAAGGUAAAUCCAGAGGAGAGCUUUCUAUGGAACUCAUUCCUCCAGUCUGUAAUGGUAUUCUCAUUCUUUUCAGGUAAAAAUUGAGAUUUCAUUAACUAAGAUAAUUUAAUUUCUGUAGGUACUUUGCCAUUCAUAUUUGCUUUUCAGUGCUUGAGAGCAUUCAUUUUGGAACCAGAUAUUUUUUCACCACUACCGUUUUCUUCUCAUUAAAGAUCAUGAUGUGAAACUGGUAAUGAACUAUCAGGAUCUUGUUCUACAUAUACUCAUUUUCCUAGUAUUGGAAUAGUCUUACUGAAAACAUUAACCCCUGCGUAAGAUUUUUGCAUUUUGUAACUAAUUCUUCAUUUAUGAACAUUAAUUACAAAGGAAGGCAUUAUCUUCUAAUAAUUUAUCAUCAGUUUGCCCUAGGCAUGCGUGCUGGUUUUGUUUAAAGAUUGUGAAUGUAUGCCCAUUUGAGGAGUUACUACAAAUAAACAUUUUGUCUUGGGAAUCAA